GGGACAUAUGCAGGUCAGGCACGCAGCCGAGCUCGGUGACUGGAAUAAAUCUUACCUCCAUUCCUAGCCCAAGCCUCUGUCGCAGACCACACUUGCUGUCACUGCUCAGCUAAUCGCAAUCUUAACAAACUUUAUCCCCACUGGCCACCUGGCAGUAGUACAGGCCCCGUAGAGGCCCGCCCGCGACAAUGGCGGUGGCGGCCGCCGCGUCGAGAUGCACAGGGCUGCUCAACGACGCCCAGGCCGAUCGAACCAUGGUCCCCCGCCUUCGCCUGGACCUCGAGGGCGUCCUGGUUCGGUUCGGAAUAUGGACGGGCAACGUUGGUGUGUUCGCACCAGAGACCGCGUCACUCGAUUACCGUCUUCGGGAUGACAUGGAUGUUGUCGAUAUCCUCGUCUCUAUGCUGAAGAGUCUUGGGGAGAGCUUGGGGCUUGCGAUUAGACCCCCACUCUUGGAGGAAGCCGAGGAGGCGGAAGAGCCCAGUUCUGUGGAGCUCCAGCAGGAGGAGGAACCGACAGAGGACUCGGAAGGCUCGCUGUCUACCCUCAGUCUCGACUCAGAGGCCGAAAACAGUGAGAACGCAGGGGCCGACAGCGGCGAGGCCACUUCUGCGGAUGCAUCCAUUAAGAAGGCGAACGAGAUUAUCGACCGCCUAUAUCGAAUGGUCUCCGUCAUCAGGAAGCCGCCGUCGUCGUCAAGAGAGAAUGCUAGGGUCCGCGAUUUCAUCGCCAAGAUGCAGGCCAGGGGCGAGAUGGAAGAGUUGGAUGACGUUGAGGAUCACGCCCGCAGCCACCUGAAUGCGCGGUUCCACGACGCCUCACACGUUCUGGUGGAACGCUUGGUUGCUGCCGUGGUGUUCCGGAGGAUGAAGUUAUUGUACAGGCAGCGACACCAGCAGAAGCUUCGUCAGGGUUUCGGGCCCGCCGCAAACCCCUUUCCCCAUCAAACCGACGCUGGCCACGGAGUCUCGGGCCCCGGUGUCCCAUUAGCCGGGUCCCAAGGUGACUGGAAAGUCCAAGAUCAUCACCACGAGAAGAUGGCAAGGCCCUGGGAGAUCAGAGAAGCGACAGCGCCCAGCAAGAUGCUGUCCGCCACAAACGCCUCGUCCAUCAACAAGCCAACACUUGCUAGCUAUGCCAAAUCUAUAGCGCUCUCCGGAGUCACACACUCUGCAGUCGCCAGGCGUCGCCAGCUCGAUGUCCCAGGCCCCCCGUCGAAAAGAAAUGGCGAUCACCAACGGUCGGAAUGUCCAUUCUGCUUUACGUUGGUCGACAAGGAAGAGACAGAGGAGCCGCGAUGGACAUGUCAUAUUCUGAAAGACAUCGAUCCCUACGUAUGUCUGUUCGAGACGUGCGGAGAGGGCGACGUCUUGUUCAAGUCAGUCCAAGAGUGGCUGUCUCAUAUGCAGUGGCGGCACACAAUGGUGUGGGCAUGCCAGGUUCCUGGCCAUGAAGCCCAUACCUACGACACUCCCUCCGAGAUGGAGGAGCACAUUCGAAAAGAUCACCCCGAUUCCUUCACUGAGAGCCAGCUACCUGAUUUGAUCAAACACACGGCCCUCCCAGCGCCUGACACAUUUGCCGCUCUCGCCGUCUCCAACAGAUUGACAGUCCCCAAGCAAACUGGCCACGGCGAUGUGUCUUACCAGUGUCCCAUUUGCUUGAACUUUCAUACUGCGCGUUCGGAGGACAGAGCUGAAAAUUCAAACUCCCAAGCAGCCAGCGAUAUCCAAGACCACAUCUUAGAGCACCUAGAGUCGAUUGCCUUGCUGUCUCUGCCUGUGGAGGACAGCCAGAGCAAAAGCUUGGCCCGCUCGAACUCACGUCAAUCUGGUAAUCAGCGCGGGAGUGUUAGCUUGCGGGAUGAUCUAGACCUCCCAAGUGCCCUCUUUGAUGACGCCAGUAUUAACCGUCAUCCAGACAGCGACGACGAUGUUCCAAGGCAAUCCGACACAUCCGCAGGUGAUGGUGAACCCGAGACAGUCCCGAGCGAUGGGCUACAAAACGAAACUUUGUCGAAAUAUUGGGAAACAGAAAUUCGACAGAUAAACCAAGGAAGCUUUCCCGAGCCCAACCAAGACGUGCUGCUGCUUGGGUGGCAGGCUCGCCAGAUCCGACAAUUGUUAAACAACGAUCAAGUCAACACGCCUAGCGGUACGCGUUAUUUAGAUAAAGAACACUGCCUCCGCUCUCUCCUCUUCGACGGCAUGGACGAUCGGCAGCACGUCAUACGUAGAGCCUAUCCAGGCACAUGCGACUGGCUGUUCAGCACCGACCAGUUCCAGGAGUGGCGCAACCGCGCCAACUUGCCAUUCCACAAUGGCGUGCUCUGGAUUAAGGGCAAGCCGGGCGUGGGCAAGUCAGUCCUCAUGAAGCAUGCUCUGCGCCAUUGCGAGAAGAUCUUCGGUGGCCAGCUGAUCGUGACACAUUUCUUCCAUGGUCGAGGCACAAGUCUCCAGAAGACGCUUCUGGGCAUGCUGCGAUCAAUCGUAUACCAGCUGCUCGACAAGGACGACACUUUGUAUGAACGAUUCCUCCCUAUCUACGCGAAGCAGAGGACAGAUGGUAAAGGGGGGCCGGAGUGGUCACGAGCACAACUGGAGGACUUCAUACGCUCGAUAAUGGACAAGCCGCAAUCGAAGCCACUCAUAUUCCUCAUCGGCGCGCUCAACGAGUGCGACGGCCGAGACCUUCGGAAUGCUGUCGGCUUUCUCGAAUCCUUAAGCAUCGAAGCCGUCCACGCCGGUUUCUCGCUGAGGAUCUGCCUCUCCAGCCGUCAUUAUCCCUACGUCAGCAUGCGGAAGACUUUGGAGUUGACCGUGGAGGCGAGCGAAGAGCACGAUAGAGAUAUCGCUACAUAUAUCGCACGAAAGCUAAAAGGACACGAUGACGACCUCGAGGCCAAGGUCUGGGAUAGGGCGGGCGGCAUUUUCUUGUGGGUCGUCAUUGUGGUGUCUCAGCUCAACAAAGCCUACGUCGGCGGGCAUAGGUCGAGAGCCACCCAUAUAGUGUCGCAGGUAGAGCUGCCCUGCCUCAAGGUCGAAUUCGGGGAGCUUUUGCACGAACAAGCGCGCUUGAACAAAGACGACCCGGACAAGGCCGAGACUCUACGCAUGCUCCAGUGGGUACUACUCAGUCGGUGGCCGCUGAAGCCCGAAGAGCUCUUCUUCGCCGUACUGUCAGGAACGGCUCCAGAGUAUACUGGCCCGUGGGACCGAUCAAAGAUCACGGACCAUGUCAUCCAACGGCGCAUUACCUCCUCGUCCAAGGGCCUUAUCGAGGUGCAAACCAGAGGCGCGGCAUUCGUGCAAUUCAUUCAUAUAUCGGUCAUCGGCCUCCUGUUUCGGUACAACUGGCUGCAGAUGCUAGAUGAGACACUUGAGCCCGACCCGUUCAGUGCCAGCCACGGGCGGCUGUGGGAUCGCUGUUGGUCCGAUGUCAAGCAACUAGACACUACAUCGACUAGCAAGCGGCAUGUGAGCGAUUUGAAUGACAGGUAUCCAUUUCUGCGGUAUGCAACGACCUACCUAUUCGAUCAUGCAGAGGAGGCUCUGUCCGGAGGGGCAAUGAGAGAGGAGAUUGCACGAUGGCUGCAACUGGGAAACGACUGGUUUGAGUGGUGGAAGAUAUGUCUCCGGACUGUCGAUAUUCACCGCGUACAUCGAUACUCGGACAGUGAUACGGAUGCAGGACUCCUCUAUAUGUUAUCGUUUUGUGGUUACGAGAGCCUAGUCACCGUUGUUCUACCAGAAGGGGACGUCGACGUCAACGCGCGGGGUGGGACGUAUGGCAACGCGUUGCAGGCCGCUUCUGUCAAAAACCACAUCCGGAUCGUACAAUAUCUCCUCGAUCACGGAGCCGACGUCAACGCACAGGGCGGGCGAUAUAGCAACGCGUUGGAGGCCGCUUCUGCUAACGGAUAUACCGACAUCGUACAACUGCUCCUCGAGCACAGCGCUGACGGCCCCUCCCCUGAUCCGAAUUAACGGGUAUAACCAGAGCAUCAACGUACUCGACUGGCCGCCUUGGCGGUUGGUAAGCACAAAAGUGAUACGAACGGUACGGGGAUUCCAUUCUCGACCAAAGUCCACAUUUUACAGCUGACAAACGCAUAAUAAGCUAUGACACUAUCGCCGACAUGACUGGACAUCGAGCUUA